CUCGGCUGGGCUGGUUUGCACCCUACUAGCAUAACAUGUUUGGAAGUUGGGGGUGUGCCACGUGUAAAGAACAGAUAUUCUAUUUAUUUUUGGCAUGAAAUUCUAUUAGAAACGUAGAUUCUUUUAUAAAAAGUUGAAAAUUUCUAGAAUAUUCUGUAAUUGUUCAUUGGAAAAAUGUCUUAGCAUGCGUACAAUCUUUCAAUACAUAACUCUUCAGCUUCUUCCCCAAGUUUUCGCGCUUCCCAUCCAAAUUGAAGAUGAAUGGUUCAUCAAGAACUACUAGAGGUUUAUGGAAAGAUCAAUUUGGUGGUGUAAUUUUUGGUUGCAAGAAAACAACAAUCAAUGAAUGCCUUUACAAGAACCUCUUUGGUUUACCAAGUUCACACUUUGCGUAUGUGAAAAAGAUCAAACCCGGUCUACCUGUGUUUCUCUUCAACUAUACAGAUAGAACACUGCUUGGGAUCUUUGAGGCUGUAAGCUCGGGUCAAAUGAACAUUGACCCGUGUGCUUGGACUUCUGAAGGUUACAAAACACCAUUCCCGGCUCAGGUUCAAAUACGAGUGAAGCUGCAAUGUAAAGCGUUAACCGAGAAUCAAUUUAAGCCCCUAAUUAUUGACAACUAUUAUGCUUUGAAUCAUUUCUGGUUCGAGUUAGACCAUGCCCAAACAAACCGUCUGUUUUCCUUAUUGGCAUCUCAAGCGUUGUCUUGUCCACGUACAACACUUACUCCAAAUAAUACAACUAACAAGCCAACUUUAUCUCCAUCGGUGGAAGUUAUUAGUAGUCACUUAAAGAGUGACGAGAGUUCGCCUAUCAAUAUAAAACAAGUUGACAGUGAGAAGGAUGUUAUAUGCAUGAGGAUUAAAGAAUUGGCACUAAAGCAUAAACUCGCGGCUCCGAGCCCACCAUCUGAUGAAAAUAAUGUGUCGCCUAACCUUGUUGACCAGGCCCCGCUUUCUAGUGUUGUUUUGAAUGAUAAGAAUAACACUAUGGAGAAGAAGAGUCCCAAAAGUGAUCCCAUGAUAGCUAAGCUGAUUGAAAAAAUUGAAGAGUUGAUGACAUCUAAAGCGGCACGGGACACAAUUAAUCAUUUGCAACAAAAGAUCACUUUCUUGGAGCAGGAUUUGGCUAAAGCACAUGCUGAAAUCAAGAACCUAAAAGACAUGCGUAACACAUCAGUAUUAGAAACUUGUGUGGGCCCACUGGAAAAUAAUGAUAUAAAAUUAAAUGACAUUAGUUUACCUGAUGACCCGAUACUUUUGGUGGGAGGAUUUGAUGGUGGAUCCUCGUUGGCAUCUUUGGAUUGUUACUCCCCUUCACAGAAUCUCACUAAAUCUCUUAGUCCCAUGAUUACUGAAAGAUGUUAUGCAGCCGCUACAAAGUUAGAUGGCGAGCUUUACGUUUUUGGUGGUGGGACUUGUGGUCAUUGUUUCGAUACAGUUGAAUCUUAUGAUCCAGUAGAUGAUCGAUGGACAACCUGUCCCCCUCUAAACAGGAAAAGAAUGAGUCUUGCAGGGGUCACGGUGAAUGAUAAGAUUUAUGCCAUCGGUGGUGGGAAUGGUUUAGAUUGCUAUUCAACGGUAGAGAUGUUGGAUUUCGAUGUUGGAGCCUGGAUUCCGUCACGCUCCAUGCUUGAAAAGCGGUUUGCUCUAGCUGCAGCGGAGCUUAAUGGGGCACUUUAUGCUGUUGGAGGCUCUAACGGGAACUGCUACUUGCGGACAACUGAAAGAUUUGAUCCGAGAGAAGGUUGUUGGAAGAAAACAGAGGGCAUGAGUACAAUCAGGGGAUGUCCUUCAAUGGUCGUUAUGAAUGAAAAAUUAUACGUGUUAGGAGGUUAUGAUGGUAAGACAAUGGUUUCAACCGUAGAAAUCUAUGAUCCAAGACGCGGAUCAUGGGUAUUUGGAGAGCCUAUGAACCAUCCUCGGGGAUUUUCAGCUGCAGCAGUUGCUAAAGAUUCUAUCUAUGUCAUUGGUGGGCUCAAAGGUGGUGAUGAAAUUAAUGACACCGUUGAAUGCUAUAAGGAAGGCCGAGGCUGGGAAAUGACAGACACUGAUGAGGCCUAUCGAAGGUGUUUUUUUUCGGCUAUAGCUCUAUGAACAAGGAAAUGCCAACUGGCAAUAAAAAUGUAAUUUAUGAAGCAUUAUUAUUUUCAAGGUAUUUUAUGUGAAUUAUUGAAUAAAGCUUGUAGAACUGUAAAAUAUUAUAGACGCUUGACUACGUUAUCUUCUAGUAUAACCAUUCUCUCUU